AUGAGCUCCAGCCGUGAGCCAGGUUCCAGGUACCCCCAGAGCCCCCGCCCACAAGCCCUGUCCCAGAGCUCUUCCAGUCUACUGUGUGAAGGCCAUGGGCAGAGGCCAGAGCUCCGCAAGAGUGUCAGCAGCACCGUGUGGCGGGCCCAACAGGGCGAGGCCAGUACUGCACCCCAGGCUCCGGAGGAAGAGGGGCACCCACCUGAGAGCCCUGAAACGAAGGCCCAGGUCCCCAGCUCCCAGGCCCCUAUCCCCCAGCCGCAGGCUGUGGGCCACUGGCGGAGCAGCACAGUGGGCAAUGUGUCCAUGAUGGGCAGUGGGGACCUUGGCCGCUUGCGGGCUCCCAGUGUGGCUGCGGUGCAGAGGAGCCACUCGGACCUGGCCCGUAGUGUCCAGACCAGGGGACACAAUGGGGCCCGGAAGGCCAGCCUUAGCUGCUCAGCCCUUGGUGGUGGCUCCCCAGUGCACAAGGCUCAGCUGCAGCCUGGAGGUGUUUCUGGCCAGGUUGGCCCAGCCCCUGCAGCUGUGGGAGAGGACCUGGCUCCAGAAGAUGGGACUUCUAACUCAGCCUGGGUGCUGGGGGACAGUCAAGUGUGGAAGCCAGCACUAGAGCCAGGGGACAAAGCUUCCCUCAGUGAAAGUCUCCAGGCUGAGUCCAAAGCCACUGGACAGCUGGCUACUGCCUCCUGCCACACUCUGACCCCUGCUGCCCUGCUCUGCAGCAUGAGGGAGGUGGUGACCAGCAGCUGCUGCCAUGCUAUGCCUGCCACAGGGAUCCUGGCCUUUCCCAAACUGGUGGCAUCAGUGAGCGAGUCUGGGCUUCAGGCUCAGCAUGGUGUGAGAUUUCACUGCAUGGCACCUGGGCUGCUCCCUGGGCACACCCACUGCUGCACCCACCCAUGGAGCCCCGCAGUGCCAGCCACAGAACCUGGCUGUAGGACCAAGGAUGUGUGGACCAUGACUUCUGCCAGUGACCUGGCACCUGCAUUGGCCUCGGCCCAAGAUGCUGGUGUGCAGGUGGCCCCAGUGGCAGCUUGCAAGGCAGUGGCCACCAGCCCAUCCCUAGCAGCCUCGGCCCUGCACAUGUUCCCCGAGGUAACACUAGGGCCCAGCCUAGAGGAAGCACUGUCUCCCGUACGGGAUGUGCGGUGGGAUGCUGAGGGCAUGACAUGGGAGGUGUAUGGAGCUUCGGUGGACCCUGAGGUGCUGGGUGUGGCCAUCCAGAAGCACCUGGAGAUGCAGUUUGAACAGCUGCAGCGGGCACCAGCCAGCGAGGACAGCCUGUCCACUGAGGGCCGGAGGGGCCCACUGCGUGCUGUCAUGCAGUCCCUGCGGCGCCCCAGUUGCUGCGGCUGCUCCAGUGCAGCCCCUGAAUGAAGAACUGUAGUCCUGGAGCUGGCUGGCCCAUUGACUUGGCCCUAUGCCAGAACCAGGGACAGCAGGGCCCCAUGCCACCCAGAGCUGUGGCGUGUGGGCGCAUCUCUUCCCUGAACAUAGACUGCUUCUAGACCACAGGAUGCAGCCUGUGGCUUCCAGUUCCAGAGCAGAGCUGGUUUUCAAGGGCUUGAUUCCCAAGGGCCACAUCCAAUUCUAGGCUUUGGGCCUUGGGCAGGAUUUUUGCACUGUGCAUAAAGCAAGAUUCUGGCUUUUCUGUAAAAAUACUUGACCUGCUGUUCAGUCUACCCUCACAACUUCAUCAUGUUUCCUCUAGGACUCUCAGUGGCUUUAUUUUAAAGCAUUUCUUAGAAAGAAUGAAUUCUUAGGUUAAAAGGAGGGUCCCAAAGUGACAGGUUCACCUGGCCACUGUGUGUGGUGGAUCUGGGGA